GUCUUGUUCCUAAGGGGAACAUGUCUGAGAUUGACUAUGAGAAGUUAGCUGAAAUAGAACUGCAAAAAGAUGAAGCAGAAGAUACACAGACAGAACAGGAAGAAACAUCUAUGCCUCCAGCACUUGAGGAUCCUGGGUUAAAUAUCAAUCACCCCUACUAUGAUGUUGCAAGACAUGGCAUCAUCCAGUUAGCAGGUGAUGAUAAUUCCGGAAGGAAGGUGAUUACCUUCAGUUGCUGCCGUAUGCCCCCCUCCCAUCAGCUCAAUCACACCAGAUUACUGGAGUACUUAAAGUAUACUCUGGACCAGUAUGUAGAAAAUGAUUAUACAGUUGUCUACUUUCACUAUGGCCUGAAAAGUGUGAAUAAACCAUCUCUGAAAUGGUUACAAACAGCCUACAAAGAAUUUGACAGGAAGUAUAAGAAAAACCUUAAAGCACUCUAUGUUGUACAUCCAACCAACUUCAUAAAAAUUCUGUGGAAUAUCUUUAAACCUCUUAUAAGCCAUAAGUUUGGGAAGAAAAUCACUUACUUGAACUAUCUAAGUGACCUCAGGGAUCAUCUCAAAUAUGACCAGCUAAAUAUCCCUCCAGAAGUCAUCCGACAUGAUGAAAAUCUUCAGAGGAAACAGAAGGGUAAACUGCCACCUGUGGUUAAGGUGCCUCCACCACGGCCCCCUCUACCUACCCAGCAAUUUGGAGUCAGCUUGCAAUAUAUCAAGGACAAAAAUAAAGGUGAACUAAUCCCCCCAGUAAUGAAGGAAACUGUAUCCUACCUAAAAAGAAAAGGACUACAAGUAGAGGGCCUCUUCAGAAGGUCAGCCAGCAUCCAGACUAUCAAAGAUGUUCAGAAACUCUACAAUCAGGGCAAGUCUGUGAAUUUUGAUGAUUAUCAAGAUAUCCAUAUUCCUGCUGUUAUCCUAAAGACUUUCCUUAGGGAACUUCCUCAGCCAUUGCUAACGUUUGAGUGUUAUGAUCAUAUCAUUGGAAUAACAAGUGUGGAGAGCAGUUUACGAGUCACCAGAUGUAAACAAAUCAUUCAAGGACUUCCUGAGCACAAUUAUGUUGUUCUGAAGUAUCUGAUAUGCUUCCUUCAUCUGGUUUCACAGGAGAGCAUAUAUAACAGAAUGACAGCAUCCAGCCUGGCCUGUGUCUUUGGUCUGAAUUUGAUCUGGCCGUCGAAAGGAACAACCUCUCUGAGUGCUCUGGUACCUCUGAAUCUCUUCACUGAACUACUGAUAGAUUUCUACAUGAAUAUAUUCAACUCCCGAACAGUGCCUGGUGAGAUCUUACCUUAAUGCUUCCGGAAAGGAAAAUGGAGGAUAUGACUGCAUGAGGGAAAGGUCUCCAUGCCUCACCUGGUGGGAACUGUGUAUUCAAGGUUCUCUCCUGUGAAGGAAACUUUACAGAGUAAAGUAUACAGAGUAAAGUUUCUAUAACUUUCCAAAUACCAAAGAUACUGGGAGAAACACAGUGCCACAUAUAUUCUUAUCACAUAUGGGAAAAUACAUACAUGAGCAUUCAAAGCCCAACAGGUCAAAGUGAAUUCCCUUAUUAAAACUGAGCAGCUUACAAAAACUGGUGUAUUAAAAAAAUCAUGACACCGU